AGAUUGCUCAACAGAGGGAGGAGUAUGAACAGCGCAGGCUGAAUCUGAACUUUCAAUCUUUUGUCAGCUUUUAACACGCGGCUGAAAGAGAGCAGUUCUGAAGUGAAUGACAGAUUCAAAAAGCAACCAUGGCUGUCCUCAAGAUCCUUGUGCCACUCAUCAUUGGCCUCUGUGCUUACUAUUUCUAUAGCCCAGAAUCCUUCUCUGCAGAAAAGGUGCAAGGGAAACGCGUCCUGGUGACAGGGUCAAGCGCAGGGAUUGGGGAGCAAAUCGCUUACGAGUUUGCACGGAUGGGGGCCAACGUAAUGCUAACUGCAAGACGGGAGAACUUACUCGAGGAGGUGGCUCAGAAGUGUCUGGAAUUGGGGGCCAGUUCUGCAGGGUAUGUCAUAGCUGACAUGAGCAAUCUAACUUCUGCCCAGAAGGUCAUUGAAGAAACCAAGAGCAAACUGGGAGGCCUUGACUACCUAGUACUGAAUCAUGCUGGAGGAAAUGUUGGGUUUCAUUUAUACAAAGGAAAUAUGGAAACUGUGAAGAGCUCCAUGACUAUCAACUUCCUCAGCUAUGUCCAGCUGACGUCUUCUGCACUAGAUAUGUUGAAGCAGUCUGAAGGGAGCAUCAUCGUUAUAUCUUCCAUGACUGGCCGUAUUCCAUCCCCAUUUGUCAUUGAGUACUCUGCUGCCAAAUUUGCACUAGAAGGCUUCUAUGGUGGACUACGCACUGAGAUGCGUCUUCGGAAGAUCAAUCUGGCCAUCACAAUUGCUGUGCUGGGUUACAUUGACACAGAGACUGCCAUAAGAGAAGUCAGCGACAAAAUGACCCUGGUACCAAGUUCCAAAGAAGAGUGUGCCCAGAAGAUAGUGCAAGGAGGUGUACUGCGACAUCGGGAAGUUAUCUAUCCCUAUUGGAGCCAGAAGUUUGUCUUAUUGCUCAGAGACUUUAUUCCAGACCUGGUGGACAAACUAGUUGGAAAGUCUUACAAAGUGGAAAAUAUUUCUUAAAAGAACUUGCCUAUAAAUAACAGGGACCCUCUUAGUACUGUA